UCUAUCUACCCAGAAACCCUUUCAAAAUUAAAAAUCGGAAUCAAAAUCUAAAAUCUCAAAUACCAAAAAUAGGAUUUCGUGUUCUUCGAUUCUUCCCAAGAAAUCGGUGUUUCUAGCCUUUAAUCGACAAUUCUAGGGUUUACGCUGUGAAUACAGCUGUAAAACAAAUCUCUCCGAAAGAUUUGCUAUUUCUAUUCUUAAAAAUUGUGUAAUUAUUGUCAGUUACAAUGGCAAACGGAACAGACGGUGAAGAAUACGUGGUGUUAUCUUCGAUUCGUCCUGGUUUGAAACGCGAAUUUGUAUUCGCCAUGAAAUCCCAAUCGGAAAAUUAUGGAUUCUGCGGUCGGACGCGAGCCAGGAGGGCCCAGAUGUUACCGGAGCCUUCACCUAUCCAUAAGAAAUCAAAAACUGCCGAUCUAGGUAAAGAAACAGAGGAAAAACUCGAUGUUUGUUCAGAAAAAGUAUUGGCAGAAUCAAUUUCGAAUACAGACGAGGAAGAAUCCAAAAGCGAUGUUGUCGACCCCGGUCGAGCGGUUAUUGAACCAAUGAGCGAAGUAAAAUCAGAGCCAAUGGAUGCCCCAGUAAAGUCUACGCAGAUUACUUCUGAUUUGAAGCCGGCGAAGUUAAAUGACAACCAGGAUGACAAAAUUGCAGACAAGGAUGGGGAUGUAAUCAGCUCUGUCGUCACUCCAUCCAAUGGUAAAAAUGACAAAAAGAUGGAAAUAAAAAUGUCAAAAAAAAUUGUGCUGAAGAGAUUUCCAACCAAGUUGAAGGAGCUUCUUGAAACUGGUUUGCUCGAGGGAUUACCUGUUAGGUAUGUUCGUGGCGCAAAGGUUAGAGGGAAUUCCGAGAAGGGUCUUCCAGGGGUAAUCAGAGGAUCUGGAAUUUUGUGUUUCUGUGAAACGUGCGGUGGAAAGGAAGUUGUCACUCCCAAUCAGUUCGAGUUGCAUGCUGGAAGUGCAAAUAAGCGGCCACCAGAAUACAUUUACUUGGGUAAUGGUGCCACCCUAAGAGAGGUACUUAACACCUGUAAAACUGCUCCGUUGGAGGGAAUGGAAGAAACCAUUUUAAAAGCAAUUGGUUGUUCAUCGGAAGAGAAACCUACAUUUUGUUUGAAUUGCAAAGGGUCCAUACCCGAAUCAGGCAAUGGGAAGACAAUGCUUUUGUGUGAUUCAUGCAUGGCUAUAAAAGAGUCUCAGCUUCAUCCCCGGCUCCAGUCCCAUUCUAGUCCUGUGCGACCUAAUGAUAGUAGUGACAGGUCAGCGUCUCCAGUAUCUGCUCCAAAUUCUACUGCCCGAGUAGCCACUAGUAGUUCUGGCCGAAGCAAGGGCCAGGGAAGGCUUACUAGAAAAGAUCUGCGGAUGCACAAGCUGGUAUUCAAGGAAGAUGUGCUAGCCGAUGGAACCGCACUAGCUUAUUUUGCUCGCGGGGAGAAACUGUUGGAGGGUUAUAAAAAAGGUUCUGGAAUCUUCUGCUAUUGCUGUAACAGUGAGGUCAGUCCUUCACAAUUUGAAGCUCAUGCUGGCUGGGCAUCACGUCGCAAACCUUAUUUACACAUAUACACAUCCAAUGGUGUCUCUCUCCAUGAGCUGUCAAUAAAACUCUCACAACAUCGGAAGUUCUGCGCAGAUGAUAAUGACGAUCUCUGCUCCAUCUGUGCAGAUGGGGGGGAACUUUUGUGUUGUGAUAAUUGCCCAAGAGCUUUUCACCCUGAAUGCAUCUCAGAGCCUGUCCCCCACGGUACAUGGUAUUGCAAAUACUGCCAGAAUAUGUUCCAGAAGGAAAAGUUUGUAGAAAGAAACGAAAAUGCACGUGCUGCUGGAAGGAUUGCAGGUAUUGAUCCCAUUGAAGACAUAACUAAGCGGUGCAUUCGUGUUGUUGAAAAUUCAGAGUUGGGAGAGUCGGGAGUUCCAGCUAAAAAAGGAGCUCCAGCAUGUGUUCUGUGCAGGGCACAUGAUUUUAGCAAGUCUGGAUUCGGCCCGAGAACUGUCAUCAUAUGCGAUCAGUGCGAGAAAGAGUACCAUGUUGGCUGUUUGAAGGAGCAUAAAAUGGACAACCUUAAGGCAUUGCCCAAAGGGGAUUGGUUUUGUUGUGUGGAUUGCAAUAAUAUUCAUACAUCUUUGGAGAACCUGGUGGCUGGUGGAGAGAGAAUGCUUCCAGACACUAUGAUGGGUGGUAUAAAGAAGAAGCAGGCAGAACAAGGAUUAGAACCCAGUGCCGAGCUUGACAUUAGAUGGAGGCUUUUGUGUGGUAAAAUGGCUUCUGAUGCAACAAGAGUAUUGCUAUCUAAGGCUGUUGCUAUUUUCCAUGAUCGGUUUGAUCCAAUUGCCGAUUCAACCACAAGCCGUCUUGAUCUGAUUCCCCACAUGGUUUAUGGGAGAAGUUUAAAACAACAGGAUUAUGGAGGGAUGUACUGUGCUAUAUUGACAGUCAACUCAACGGUUGUAUCUGCUGGGAUUUUUCGCAUAUUUGGCCAGGAAGUAGCCGAACUUCCUUUAGUAGCAACGAGUAGUGAAUGUCAAGGAUUGGGCUAUUUCCAAGCGCUGUUUUCUUGCAUCGAAGAACUGCUAGCUUCUCUGAACGUGAAAGUUCUUGCGCUUCCUGCCGCUGAUGAAGCUGAAUCCAUAUGGACCAAGAAGUUUGGUUUUGAAAAGAUGCCUGAUGUUGAGUUGAAGCAGUAUAGAACGAAAUAUCAGCUGAUGGUUUUCCAAGGAACCUCAAUGCUGUACAAGACUCUGGAGAAGCCUUAAACAAAGAAGGGUUUUAGUCAAGUUUGUGAAUUGGCUAUCACUAUAAACAUGCAUAUUUUUUUUGGGUUUUUAGUGGUUAUAGCAGUUCAGAUCUAUACCAAAUACUUCAUGUCGAUACACAAGCAGGUACAUGAUUGUUGGCCGGAGACCGGAAUUCCUUUUGUUUUGUUGUUGUCCGAUUUGAAGGGCGUUUUUGGUGGGAAGGUUUAGAUUUUGUUUUGAAAUGGUACACAGUUUGAAUAUAAUCUGAAAGCCUUUGUUA